AAAUUUCUUUACCUUACUCGAAAACUGAAAAAGAUCUCCAUAUCUGCAUCCUUGUCUCCCCUUCUUCGUCUCAACUUCAAAGCAGUAGUCAGAGAAAGAUGAAGAGAGAAUCUCCGCCGCUUCCCGUCGCAGUACGGCGAUUUUGAAUGCAAUUCCGUUCUCUGCAGGUCUACUCGUUCGGUCUCAAGGGACGCUCUCUAGUCUCCAUCUAUAUAUCGGAUUUCUAGAGGGAGAAAGAGAUAGAGGCAGAGAGAUGGCGGUGGCGGCUUAUGGCCAGUUGAACGUGGAGGAUUUACCGUCGUGGGGGUCUCGGAGCGUGGACUGCUUCGAGAAAUUGGAACAAAUCGGUGAAGGAACCUACGGUCAAGUAUACAUGGCCAGAGAAAUUAAAACAGGGGAAAUUGUUGCUUUAAAGAAGAUACGCAUGGACAAUGAAAAAGAAGGGUUUCCUAUAACUGCCAUCCGGGAAAUUAAAAUCCUGAAAAAGCUGCAUCAUGAAAAUAUUAUAAAGCUAAAAGAGAUUGUGACCUCUCAAGGUUCUGAGGUGGAUGAGCAAGGGAAACCAGAUGGAAACAAGUAUAAUGGCAACAUAUAUAUGGUUUUUGAGUACAUGGACCAUGACUUGACUGGUCUUGCUGAUCGUCCUGGACUGAGAUUCACAAUUCCUCAGAUUAAGUGUUAUAUGAGGCAACUACUGACUGGACUUCAUUACUGUCACGUCAAUCAAGUACUCCACCGGGACAUAAAAGGUUCUAAUCUUCUGAUAGAUAAUGAGGGAAAUCUCAAGCUUGCUGAUUUUGGGUUGGCACGGUCAUUUUCUAAUGAUCACAAUGCAAAUCUUACAAAUCGUGUUAUUACUUUGUGGUACAGACCUCCAGAGUUGCUUCUUGGAGCCACAAAGUAUGGCCCAGCUGUAGACAUGUGGUCGGUUGGCUGUAUCUUUGCUGAACUUUUAAAUGGAAAGCCUAUCUUGCCUGGGAAAAAUGAGCCUGAACAAUUGAACAAGAUAUUUGAGCUCUGUGGAUCUCCUGAUGAGAUUAAUUGGCCUGGAGUCUCAAAGAUUCCCUGGUAUAACAAGUUCAAGCCUACAAGGCCAAUGAAGAGGCGAGUCAGGGAGGUUUUUAGGCACUUUGACCACCACGCUUUGGAUUUACUGGAUAAAAUGCUAACUCUCGAUCCAUCCCAGAGAAUAUCUGCAAAGGAUGCCCUUGAUGCUGAAUAUUUUUGGACUGACCCCUUACCUUGUGACCCAAAAAGUUUACCUAAAUAUGAAUCAUCACACGAGUUCCAAACAAAGAAAAAAAGGCAACAGCAGCGACAAAAUGAAGAAAUGGCAAAGAGACAGAAAUUGCAGCAUCCACAGCAGCAUGCUCGCCUGCCUCCCAUCCAACAAACAGGGCAACCUCAUCCCCAGCAUUGGUCUGGACCUAAUCAUUCGAUAAACAAUUCUCAGGCUCCGGUGCCGGGCGGACCUGGCCAUCAUCACUACGGGAAGCCUCGUGGUCCUCCUGGAGGUCCUAGUAGGUAUCCUCCAAGCGGUAAUCCAGGUGGGGGAUACUACCCUGAUCGUGGGGGUCAAAGUGGUUACAGUAGUGGAUCAUAUCCAGCUCAGGGUCGAGCACCACCAUAUCCUGGAAGCAGCGCGCCGGCGCCUGGUCCAAGAGGAGCCUCGGGAGGUUAUGGAGUUGGCCCUCCUAAUUACUCCCAAGGCGGUCAAUAUGGAAGUUCCGGAGCUGGUAGAGCUCCUCCAAACCCGAUGGGCACCAAUCGAAAUCAGCAAUAUGGUUGGCAGCAGUAAGUGUGAAUUAAACAUUUCACUCAAGUUAGAUGACAUACUCUGACUGAAUAGCAAUUGUAAUGAUCGGAAAUAGUGCAAAAAAUUCGGCCAUUUGUUUAUGGUAAGACUGUAGUCCAGCAGACCAGCAAAUACUGGUCUGAUAUGGUUUAGUAACUUUGUUGGUUGAGAUACAUGGAUGCCGCUAUCCUGUUUUGCCGCCUUUACUUUGCAAUCGAGUUCAACUUUUAUUAUAAUUUAGAAAUAUAGAUUUUUGGCUU